AGCUUAUAAAGAAAAUAUAAUCGCCGCUUAAUGUUACUUUCGGUCAUUAUUUCACGGUGUUUUACACGAUCAAAAUGUUUGUUUUCCUACUGAUACCCUUGUUAGCCGCCUCCGGGGUGUCGGCGCAGUUUGCCUUGUCAUUCGGAACAACUGCUCCACCAGUACCAAAAUCGUUUGAUCCAAAUUGUAAAGACAAAAUGGACACCUGUUGGAAAAUGCCGGAGUCAAAUUGUAGGGCACCUUAUGAGGAUUGGGCCAAGGAAUAUUGUGCCAACAGAUGUGGAUACUGCAUCGGACCAACCACUCCAGCUCCUCCAUGUGUGAAUAAACUCCCGAACUGUGAGUCCUACGACAAGUCGGUGUGCACUAACCCCGACUACGCAACCUGGGCUGGAGACAAUUGUAGAUAUUUCUGUAGAAAGUGUUCAAACGCCGAAUUAGCGAGAUUGGACUCUAUCACGACCACAAUAAGUCCUCAAGAUUGCGUGGAUAAGGUAGACUGCAGACAGUAUGGUGCCAACGCUUGCUCCGACGGGUUCAAGGCCUGGUCGAAGGACAAUUGUCCAAAUCACUGCGGGUACUGUACAGGAAUACCGACCCCACCCCCAGUUUGUGAAGACAAAAUUCCAAACUGUAAAGCGUAUAACCCAGACACGUGCACCGACCCUGAUUACAAACUCUGGGUGCAGGACAACUGUAAAAAGUUUUGUGGACUAUGUCCAGGAUCCGGCCCACCAACAGCCGCACCACCUCUCCCAGCAAGUUUAGGUGGCGGAUCCGGUGCGCCAACACCCGCCCCGCCCAUUCAUGUAUACCCAGGUAAGAACAGUCCGACUAUUGGUUAUUUUCCACCAUCACCACCAAGUCCUGGAAAACGAGCACAAGGAGCAGAGAGGCCAAAACGUCAAUUUCACGCUAGCCACCAUCAUCAGGGCGGUUCCCAUGAUUGUUGGGACGGAUCUUCCACCGACCCUUACUGUAAUACAGCAGCACCAAAUGCACAGGAAUCUACGCCUGUUUCUUCACUGGAAGGAUCUACAGGAUUUCCAGGAAGCGAAUUCCAUCCUCGACCGAAGCCAAAUCCAGACUGGGACUCCAAGCCUUCAACACCGGCGGCAACUUCAGCUGCGACAACCAAUGUAGUACCACCAAUUCUAACCGGUCAUGCCACACCAACCAUGGCCCCAUCUACUGGGAGCCCUACAACAACUACUGCGCCACCCACAGUGACAGAAGAAGCUACAACAACCACAGUCCCACCGACUAUUACUCAGGAACCUACAACGACCACAGCCCCGCCAACAAAAUCUCAAGAGUCUACCACAACUACAGCCCUGCCUACAGAAUCCACCGAAAAUCCAGCCACUACCCAAACAUCGGGUACGAUGCAACCUGACACACCAUCAACGACUGUGUUAGCUGUAAAAACACCUGGACAGAGAUCUACAUCUGCUCCGGGAGAAACAACAACAACAGCAGGACAGGCAAAUAUUACAUCAGGUACACAAACAACACGUCCACAAACUCCAGCUAUUGCCAGUACAUCUGGAUCAGGUUUAACAUCUACAACCGCCCCAACUGCUUCAACUGCGUCCCCUUUUAACACAACUCCGCAACCGACACAAACCACUCCAGUUGCAUCAACAACGCCUGGAACAACUGCUGUGCCAUGUGAGGACACUGUGGAUAAUUGUGCGAUGUAUGGAAAGCAGGCGUGUGAAAAUCCAGUAUACAGACCAUGGGCAAAGGCACAUUGUAGCCUGUUCUGUGGCUUCUGUGUACCGGUGACACUUACACCGUUUGAAUGCAAGAACAAGUUACCAAAUUGUAAAGAAUUCGAUAGUGGCGAUCUCUGCACGGCUGAUUCUUUCUUUGCAUGGGCACGAGAAAAUUGCUUUGCAUAUUGUGGAUUCCCACCAUGUGGAAAUAACACAGGGAUAAAAGCAACUACAGCUCCACCUAAAACUUCACCAGCUAUCGUUCCUAAGACAUCUCAUUCAAAUUGCUCUGACAAGCUUGAUAAUUGUUUGCAAUAUCCCGAUGCUAAAUGUGUGGGUAUUUAUGAACCAUGGGCUAAAUCACAUUGUGCUUAUCGAUGUGGAUAUUGCCAAGAUUUUUUUCCAUGUGAAGAUGUAAAUCCAGACUGUGACAAGUUUCCACCAAAUUCUUGUGCCGAGGAAUCGUUUAAAGGCUGGGCCAGACAGAACUGCAGAAAAUUUUGUAAUCUCUGUGCCCGUCCGACGGAAAAUCCGGCAUUAACACAGCCUACAGGAACUAAGGGAUCAUCAAGCAUGACUGACCCGACUCCCGAAGUUCCCGUCACAUCGGUUGAUCCUGUGAUGAUGACUUCAAAGCAGCCAGUAGCUUGAAAUAUAUGUUAUCAUGCAUCUUUUAGAUAAAAGUAAAUUAUACA